GCAUAUGCCUCCACAUAUUCGCCCCAAAUAUCCAUUAUCCUUUCUCCCCUGCUCCACCCAAGACACUGCUCGGUCGCGCGCUUCAGCAAUCAGCAUGCUUGACUAUAUUAGGGCGCGGCUCACUAAUUCUCGUUGCGUAGCAGGUAGCGAGCCGGGCAGCUUAAUUAGAGCGGAAGAUCAGUUGCGCACGCAUUAACAUUACAAUUACCUAGGGGACAGGCCGCCGCCGGGGUGAUCAUGAAGUUCGGUAAGCGGCUGAAGAAGCAGAUCGAGCAGAGCCUACCGGAGUGGCGAGGCCAGUUCCUCUGCUACAAGGAGCUGAAGCGGCGCGUGAACGCCGUUUCCGUUUCCGCCGCUUCCGAGGCCGAAUUCGUGGCCCUCCUCGACGCCGAGGUCGACAAGUUCAACGCCUUCUUCCUGGAGCAGGAGGAAGAGUUCAUCAUCAGGCAGAGGGAGCUGCAGGAGAGGAUCGAGAGGGCGUCGGGGGAGGCGGAGAUGGGCCGCGUGCGGAGGGAGGUGGUGGACUUCCACGGCGAGAUGGUGCUGCUGCUCAACUACAGCAGCAUCAACUACACGGGGCUGGCCAAGAUCCUCAAGAAGUACGACAAGCGCACCGGCGGCGUCCUCCGGCUUCCCGUCAUUGCCGGCGUGCUGCAGCAGCCCUUCUUCACCACGGAGCUCAUCUCCAGGCUCGUCAGGGACUGCGAGGCCAUCAUGGACGCCGUCUUCCCGCUGCCGCCGACCCAGCGCCUGCUAGUGGAAGCCGUCGCUCUCAGGGACACCGAGCAAGAGCAGCAGCAGGAGCAGAGCAUCUUCCGCAACACCGUGGCCGCGCUGCUCACCAUGCAGGAGCUGCGCAGCGGAAGCUCCACCUACGGCCACUUCUCCCUCCCGCCCAUCACCCCAUUGCCGGACUCCGAAUUGCUGCUCCAGUCCUUCCGGUUCCAGUUCCAGCCGCCGCCUCCAUUGAUCCCAACCCUGUGACAGUGACGCUAUACACGCACACGCGCGCGCUCCAAAUUAAGGCAUUGGAGAUCACAAUUCUUUUUUUUUUCUCAACAAUGUUGUCUUCUGCUCCGGAAAAUAUCAGAGGUCUAGUGUAAUUGCCUGCCUGUAUUACUAUGUUUUCUUUCUUUCUUGUAUGUUCUUCUCCCAAUUUCUGCCUAAAUAAUGUAAUUAGCAAGUGAAAUCAAUACACAUUUGUAAUUAAAUCUUAA